AUGGUGGUGAGCACAUGGAGGGCUGUUACUUACAUAAUCCAGCCACUCCGCCCAGCCGCGCUGAAGCCGGCGAGGCGCCCGCCAGGCCGCGCGCGCGCCUUGCGAGGGGUGCUGCUGUCCCCCGAAAUAACGUGCUUUCCCUUCCAACCCCCACCCGGUUCUUUGGGGGCCAGGGUUUGGAGAGGUCGUGCUUUCAGAAAAACAUUCGCAUCGAUCGGGGUGUGCUUUACCUUCCACAGUAAAGAAGCUGGAGACCCAAGGGCAGAGGGAAGCGGAGGGAACGCUUUCGGGGAGAACCGGACGCCGUCCCUCGGAACACGCCUCAGUGGGCUGGAAAAGUUUCGGGCUGGGAGGGAAGGCUGGGAGUCGCCUCUCCUGGCACCCGGCGCGAGCGGGGCUGCCUGGCCGGCGGCUACCUCCCGGUCCCCUCCUCCCUCCCGGCCCUUCCUUUUUCGCCGCGGCCCCGCGCUAGGUGUCGCGGCCUCUCGGCCGAGAGACCCGGAGCGCGAGGUGCGGCGGCGGCGGCGGCGGCCGGGAGCUCCGAGCGGAGGGCACGCCCCUGCCGCCCGCGCGGCCCCCGGGGGUCCCGCUCGCCCCGCCCGGGCUCUGCGGCCCCCGCCUCUUCCCGAGCCGCCGCCGGGGCCGGAGCCCCUCUCGGCUGGCCCGCGCGGGGCGCACGCCGGGCGCAGAGGGCAGCCACCUGCUCCCCGGGCUGCGCGGGGCAGCGAACAUCCGACGCCGCCCGGGCCACGCGGCCCCGCGGCGCAUCCCCCCGCCCCCCCCCCCCAGCGUCCCCGCUCCGCCACCGCCCGCCUGUUGCUGCGGGGGCCGUUCCAGCGGCGGCGCGCCCGCACCCGGGGACGCGCUGCUCCACCUGGGCGACGGGGGCCUCCCCGGGGACCCAAGGAGGGGCGGGGGCGUUUGAAAGGAUGGACGAAGCCUCCCCUCCUGUCCACCCCCUUUCUGUUGUCAAUUAAGGACAUUUGGCCGUUACCCCCAGCUUCUCCUUUCUUUGGUGUUUCAAGUCCAGGGUGUGAAUUCCGAGGAGAUGGCAAACCUUUCCUACAGAAGCUGCCCAUCAGACCAGUGAAACCUGCAGGACAAAAAGUUCUAUUCAAGAAGGGAACAACAAGGAGGAAGAAAAGGUCAACAUUCCCAGGACAGAAGAGCUCCUUGGCACUGGAACCCUCCUGGUCCGGUGAGGGAGGGAUGAGGGUCGCUUGUGUAUGAGGAUACACGGCCAUCAUCCAAGACUUCCCAGUUCAGGUGGAAGGAAGAGGUUGGACCAGAACUUGGGAUCCGAGUUGCCCAAAGGAUGGUUCGGACUGUGUGAGUGAGUCACAGAAGAUGUGUCUCGGAGAUACCGUGGACUCAGUUCCAGACCAUCGCCGUAAAGCAAA